AUGCGGGCUCAGUAGUUGUGGCUCGCGGGCUCUAGAGCGCAGGCUCAGCAGUUGUGGCGUACGGGCUUAGUUGCUCCGCGGCAUCUGGGAUCUUCCCAGACCAGGGCUCGAACCCGUGUCCCCUGCAUUGGCAGGAGGAUUCUUAACCACUGCUCCACCAGGGAAGUCCCAGAAUGUUCUUUCAAACAAACAAACAAAGCCUGAAACUCAUCAUGUCGUCAUAAUAACUAAAAAACCCCAGUACAUUCUUCUACUUGAAAAAGAACAUUCCCUACUAUUUGUUCUCGGUCUAUUGUCUAAUUUAUUAAUUUUUAACAAUUAAGCUUUCUCUAAAUAUGUCCAAAGUAUUCACACAACCAAUAAAUCAUGAAGUCAACAACUCAGAUUUCCCCAGACAUUGAAAUAUUGAUUGCAAGGUCAGUUAAACUUUUCCCAAAAUAGAAAAUUCUUUUAAAGACUCUGAACUGAAAGAGAUCACUCACAUUUUUUAGAAUGACCACAAAACUGACCAGUGAAACAGCAGUGCCCGUCUCAUGGAUUUAAAUGUUUCCUUAUUAUCUUUUAUUUAUGUCCUUAUCAUCCCUUUCCACGGUCUUAUUGUUUCUGACUCUUACUCCUUGGUCUUCAGCUCACCUUGAGAGCUGGGGGAAGGUCCCAGGUGGGCUGAGGUUGAGAAUGCUGGCUGACACCUAGGUGUAGGUGGGCUCUCGCAGCUGACCCAGCUCUAGCCAUUGGGCAGGCCCCAUGCUAUACUUAGGCUCACUCUGUAGCCUCAGAAACGGUCCCCGUUUCUGGCUCUGCUCAGUCAGAUAUGUUUUGAUUGUGACUUUGAUGCUUUCUGCCACGUGACACGUUUUCUGAGUGUCAUCAACCUGAUCUGGCUCUACUCUGACACUUCCUUCUGAAUGGGGCCUGGUCUGUUUGCAUUAAAUCCAAAGCCUUCUGUUUCUGGUUCCCUGAAAUGAUAACUUUAUUUCUUCUCAUCUGCCAUUAAGACCUUAUGAUGCUGAUGGAAUCAGUGGCUCAGGUUUUGAGCCUGGAAGGAUGUCCAUGAGUAGGAAUGAGGUGUCAGGAGGACUCGCUGGCUUUUGGAGAAAGAGGGUAGUCUCCACAGACUGAGCAAACUGAGAGUAGGGAUUGUGCCCUGUUCAUGUGUGCGUGUCUGGAACCUGGCCUGCUCCCUGGAACUUAGGAAGUGCGUGGGUAUGUUUUGCUGAGCGAUUGAGUGGAUGAAUAGGUGAGUGAAUGAAUGAGCCACGCGGGGACCAGAGGGUAUCCUGGCAGGUCGUGUUGUGCUUUCUUCUUCUCUGGGCUUUCCCAGGUCCUGGGUAGAGUGGACACUGGAUCCCCACUUCAGCUGGUGGAUUGAAGAUCCCGAUGUGGAUCAAUCAUGAUGUGCUUUGACUUGGGCUAGUUAAUUUUUCCUCUAUAAUAGUUUACAAACGUCCACAAAAAAAGGGAUUUUCUUCUUUGACAUGUCCUGGAUUCUCAAAAGCUUCCCAUCUGAUCUUUAUAUGCUUCUCUGGGGGAGUAGAGCUUUUAAAUAUAUUUUUUAUAACCUCUUUAAUAUAAAUAGGCAACCCAGUGUGAUGGGGAGAAAUGUCUGGAGUGGGAGGUGUUAAAUACACUCCCCCCACCCCCCACCCCAUCUCUAGCAUCCCAGCAGAUUUAGUUCUUUUUGCCACAUGGAGUGUUGAAUUCCUGCGUUCUAACCUCAGGCAGGAACUGGGGCUUUUCCUGGUGGGGAAGGUUAGUGGUGGGGAUGAACGGGGGUUUUAGGACAGACAAAGCUGCCUCUGCUUACCAUGCCCUUUAAAAUGGCUUUUGUCCCAGUUUAUAGACCUUGGGUCCUCUGAGCUGCCCACCUCUUCCCGCUUUUGGGCAGCCCUGGCAGACUGAGAUGGAGCGCUUAUUCUGUGGUUUGUUUUACCCUGUUUCGCUGUCAACAAUCACUUUGCUCAUGAUUCCAUGAGAGGGCAGUAGGAUGGCAAGAAUGCCUCUCUCUCUCUCUCUCUCUUUCUCUCUCUCUCUCUCUCUCUCUCUCUCUGUGUCUCCUUCCCCCUCCUCUCCUGCCUUCAACUUAAACCCAUUUCUAGUCUAUUACAGAAUCAAAAAGUGUCUGUUCCUGGAACAGACACUGAGAAUGGAUGGGAGUGCAAGAGGGGAGGCUGAAGGGAAUCUCCAAGAACAAGCCAGCCAGAGGAGAAGAAGGACACUUCUCUGGAUUCCGAUGCUGCCAGCCCCCCUACUCCUGGCAAGCUCUUCGGCCGAGGUGCAGAUAGCAGCCUGAGCAGUGCUGAUGACCAAGGGCAACAGGGAAGAGGGGCAAGUUGGCUCCCAGAAAAAGAAAAGAAUGAGAAGAAUGAUCCCGGGAUGUCCAGGAGUGUGGCGGACCCCGGGGGCGACCCCGCGGGCGAUCAGCCUGCCAAAGCCAAUAAAAAAGAGGCACCAGAGGACCCGGUGGAUGCAAGAGAGGAGGGUUCCCUGCAGGAAGAGGCAGCAAAGGAGCCAAAGAAGGAGGCUUCCGUCCCGAAAGAGAGCAGAUCAGAGGCGAGCGAAGAGUCAGAGAUCAGUGAACACAUGAAGGAACUACAGCCCUCAGACUCCACUGCUUCUGACCCCAAGUCCUUUCUUGGCCUGGACUUCGGUUUCCACAGCCGGAACUCGGAGCACCUGCUGGAUGUGGACAUGCUCUCCCCUGUCCUGGAUGGAGCCCGCUGGGAGGCCCAGAGGUUGGGGAGAGAAGACAAGGAUGCCAGCCAGUCCAGCCAAGAUGAGCUGCAGAGCAAGAAGUCCAGAGGCUCGGAGAGGUUAUCUCCUCCUCUUCUGCAUGGGGAGCGGCUCCAGAGUCCCCUUCACAGCCAGGCCACGGAUGAAGGGCCCCCGCAGCCCCUGGAGGAGCAGCUGGAACAGAAGGGGGCAGAGGAGCCUGGGGAGGGCUCUGCAGGCAGCCCCACGCCCCCUGGUUCCCUGCAGAGAGAGAAGAGGGCAUGCCACGCCGGGUGGGGCCACGUGGGGAAGGACCAGAGUUGGCCAGGAGGCCGAAGAGGCGAGAAGGAAGAGCAUAACCCAGAGCCUUCACUGGGGUUCUCGUGGGAAGCAAUGGGCGAGACAGGGCGAUCUACAGAGCCUGCGGCUCCCCCAGAGCAGCUCUCAGAGGCUGCACUGAAGGCCUCGGAAGAGGCGGUGGCCCAAGGACUCGAGCAAGAGCAGAGGGGGCUCCUGGAGUCCAAGCGAGAGAAGAUGCUGCGGCUGCAGGAGAAGCUGUGGCAGGAGGAGGAGGCGGCGGAGACCCUGCAGCUUCACCGGCAGAAAGAGAAGGCGCUCAGUUCCCUGACGGAGCAGCUGCAGAGAGCCACCGAGGAAGAGGAGAGCCUGGUGAGAGAGCAGGAAGGCCAGAGGCUGUCCCGGCUCUGCGCCCAGGUGCAGUGCAGCGUGGAAGCGGAUGAGGACCAAAUCAGGGCCGAGCACGAGGCUUCCCUGCAGAGGCUGCGAGAAGAGCUGGAGUCUCUACAGAAGGCUGAGAGGGCCAGCUUGGAAGAGAGAAACAGGCAGAUGCUGGAGCGUCUCAGGGAAGACAUGGAGGCUUCGGAGAAGAGAGAGCAGGCCGCCCUGAACACAGAGAAGGAGAAGGCCUUGCAGCAGCUGAGGGAGCAGCUGGAAGGGGAGAGGAAAGACGCGGUGGCAGCGCUGGAGAGGGAGCACAGGGAGGAGCUGGAGUGGCUGUCUUCCUCGCUGGAGGCCAAGCACAGGGAGGUGGUCUCCAGCCUCCAGAAGAAGAUGGAGGAAGCUCAUCAGAAAGAGGAGGCCCAGCUGCAGGAGAGUCUUGGGCGGGCGGAGCAGAGAGCUCAUCAGAAAGUUUAUCACGUUCUCGAGUACGAGCAAGAGCUCAGUGGCCUCCUGAGAGAGAAGCGCCAGGAGGUGGAGAAGGAACACGAGAGGAAGAUGGACAAGAUGAAGGAGGAGCACCAGCAAGUGGUGGCUGAGGCCAGGGAGCAGUAUGAAGCCGAGGAGAGGAAGCAGCGGGCCGAACUCCUGGGGCACCUGACGGGAGAGCUGGAGCGGCUGCGCAGGGCCCACGAGCGGGAGUUGGAGACAGUGAGGCAGGAGCAGGACCGGCAGCUCGAGGACCUGCGGCGGCGGCCCCGGGAGCAGGAAAGGAAACUCCAAGAUUUAGAGGUGGAGCUUGAAACCAGAACCAAGGAUGUCAAGGCCAGAUUGGCUCAGCUGGAUGUCCAGGAGGAGGCCGCCCGGAAGGAGAAGCAGCAGCUCCUCGAUGCGCAGAGGCAGUUUGCGUUGGAGCGCGAGGAAGCCGCAGCCACCCGUCAGCACCUGGAGGAGGCAAAGAAGGAGCACAGCCACCUGCUGGAGUCAAACCGGCAGCUCCGAAGAAUCCUCGAGGAGCUUCAGGCCCGCAAGUUGGAGCUGGAGUCCCAGGUGGAUUUGCUGCAGGCCCAGAGUCAGAGGCUGCAGAAGCAUGUCAGUGACCUGGAGGCCAAAGCUCAGAGGAAGCAGGACUUGCUGAAAGAGCUGGCGGUGGAAGAGAGUGAUGCUUCCUCACGUUUUGAGCCUGAUCUCCACAUUGAGGACCUGAGGAAAUCCCUUGGGACGAACCAGACUAAAGAGGUAUCCUUUUCCCUCUCCCAGAGCAAGGAGGAGACCGACUUGUCCUUGGACAGCGCCCGGCACUACCUCUCUGCCGAGGGGGUAGCUCUCCGCAGCGCCAAGGAGUUCCUGGUCCGGCAGACGCGCUCCAUGCGGAGGCGGCAGACAGCUCUGAAGGCUGCCCAGCAGCACUGGCGCCACGAGCUGGCCAGCGCUCAGGAGGCGGCCAAGGACCCGCCAGGCACCAAGGCCCUGGAGGACAUGUGCAAGGACCUGGAGGAGGAGACCAGGCACCUGGAUGAGAUGAAGUCAGCCAUGCGGAAAGGCCACGACCUGCUGAAGAAGAAGGAGGAGAAGCUGCAUCAGCUGGAGUCUUCUCUCUGGGACGAGGCUUCAGAUGAAGACACUCUGAGAAGACCCCCCACCAAGAAGGUGGUGACCUUUGACCUCAGCGACCUGGAAGACGGGAGCAGUGACAGUUCCGAAUCCUGCCCCCUGCCUCACAUCGGCCCGACCCCGAGUCCCACUUUCCCCAACAAGAUCCACUACCUGAGCAGCUCCCUGCAGCGGAUCAGCGGCCAGCUCAACGGUGUCCUCAGCGUGCUGGGCAGCCUUAACACCCAGCCUCCGCCGCUUUUCACCUCCACGCCCUCACAGCUCCCCACCCAGGCCUCCAGGAGCACCCCCGCUCCCUCCUACCCCUCCCUGGUCCGGGUCUCAGCCUCAUCCCCGGCUCCACCCACAUCCACCCAGUGGGCCUGGGACCCAGAGCUGGGCCCCCGGCUCUCCUCCUCCGUGGCUCAGACUGUGGACGACUUCCUGGUGGAGAAGUGGCGCAAGUAUUUUCCAACUGGCAUCCCGUUCCUCAGCAGUGGCCCUGCCCCCCUGGAAAACAGGCUGGGGUAUGUGUCUGCCAGUGAGCAGCUCCGCCUCCUGCAGCGUCCCCCCUCCCAAGUCCCCGAGGCGGGCAGCACCAACUUCCAGGACAUGAUCGAGGCUCACCGCAAGUGGCUGGAACAUUACAAGAAUGACCCCAAGUCACAUCUCUUCUCUUCGGUGCCCAAGCCAACGGCUGGUUCCGGCCUCCUGCAGCUGGGCCUGGAUGAGAACAACAGACUGAAGGUGUAUCGCUACUGAGGCCCUGAGCCGGCAGGCAGCCUGGCCUUUCCUGCGUCCAGACCAAGUGUCCGAGUUGCUGCCUGCACUUCACUCCCUCUGAUGAUAAAGCGUUCUGCCGUCCCCUCUU